GAAGAAGAACAGCAGUCCCAUCUUUUUCACUCGCUCGCUCGCCAUCAACACUCACUUCGAAAAGCGUCCCAUAAAUCACAACCAACGAAAAUCGGCAACAACCACAAUUUUUUCAUCCUCCCCAACGUUAAAAGAAAACGGCCUCAAAAUAGAGCUGCUAUCGACUCCGUCUAUUUCCUUUGCCCCCAUUGAGCCCACGGUGCCAUCAUCUGCCCACUAUAACACACCGCCCUCCUACUACCAGCACCACCACCAGCCGGCGUCAUCCUCAACAUCAGUGACGGCGGCAGCAGCAGCAGCAUCAGCAGCCUCAGCAGUGGCGGUAUCAUCUUCAUCUACAGCCGUUACAGGUUCCGGAGCAGCGGUGGCAACAGCAGCAGCAGCUACGACGGCGUCAGCCAACAACAGCAGCAAUCUGCAGCACCAACAGCGGCAUUCUUUUCAAAAUUUUCUUCUAACUUCGUCAUCGCCUUUAACAUCUUCAUCGUCGCCGUUGUCGAAUAAUCAUCAGCAACAGCAGCAGCAACAACAACAACAACAGUUGCCACCCCAUCCCCAGCAACAACAGCAACUGCAUUCGCAAAACUACAUACAGCACCAGCAGGAGCAACAACAUCAUUAUCAGCAACAGUAUUUGCAGCAUCAACACCAACAGCAGCAACAGCACCAACAACAACUAACACACAUGAAGUUAUUGGGCAGCAAUGAUGAUAGAAGCAUGCGCGGCAUCGAUCAAACCAUACCGCGCAACAAUGACGAUGUUGCCGCUGCCGCAGCUGUAGGCUAUGUUUUUCCCCGUCCCUCGCCGGGUGGCAUGGCCCCAGGCAUGGGCUCGGCCACGGGCAAUGUCCACGAUGCCGCCGCAGCCGAAUAUGCUGCACAAUUUGCCCAGAAACAGGCUCGCUGGGCCUGUGGCGAUGAACACACCAUUGAUAAUCCCGACAAAUGGAAAUACAAUCCACCCAUGAAUCCGGCCAGCGCUGCUCCUGGUGCUCCACCCGGUGGUGGUCCCGGCGCAAUUGGUCCCAUCGGUAUGGGCGGCGGCAUGGGCAGCAUGGGUACAAAUGGCGGUCUACAUCCCUCCAUGGGCGGUCCCAAUCAAAUGGGCAAUUCUGCCGCCGCUGCCGCUGCAGCCGGUAUGGCGGCAAUGCAACAAGCGGCCGUUGUAAAACAUAACCAAAUGAUGUCUCAAGUCGCCGCCGCUGCGGCGCAACAUCACCAACAACAGCAGCAGCAACAGCAUCAACAACAGCAGCAGCAACAACAACAACAGCAGCAGCAACAACCACCGCAUCCAGCUCAUCAACAGCCACCGCAUCCCCAGCAUCAACAGCACGGUCCACCGCAUCCCUCACAAAUGCAAUCGCAUCAAUUCAAUUCGAACCUCUUGAAUCAUGCCAUGAAUAAUCCAGCAGCUGCAGCCGCUGCCGCUGCAGCCAUAGCAGCGGGUAUGCCACACAUGCAAUUGCCGCCGAAUAUGCAAGCGGCUGCCACGGGUAAUAUGUACGAUCAUCCCGGUGUCCAUCCCGGUGUGGGUAUGAACGGUGUCGGUGUGCCCAAACCGCCGCCACCCGGCCAACCCGGUCCAGGGGAAUUGGUGUAUUUGGGCGGUCAGCCACAUGCGGCUGCAGCCGCCGCUGCCAUGGGCAUGAUGCCACAAAAUCAAUAUAUGAAUAAUCAAGCUGCCGCAGCAGCUGCCGCUUCAAGGAAUGCAGCAGCGAUCACAACAUCCACUGCCAAAAAACUAUGGGAGAAAUCGGAUGGCAAAGGCGCCUCAUCGGCUGGUGUUACCAGUGGCCCUUUGAAUCCACUGCACAUUGGUGAUCCACAUGUUUGGAAAGAUUCGCCAUGGUCAACACAGACUGAACCCAUAUUGCCGAGGCCACGUACAUUUCCACAAGCGCCCGAUACGACAGCGAGUGGAAAUGCUGGCAUAUUAAGUCCUCGUGAUUCAACAAGUGGUUUGGGUGUUAAAAUGGUCGAAUACGUUUUGGGUGGAUCACCAACGAACAAAGAGAGUCCUUUGUCCGGUCUAGAACCACGUUUUAAGGGACUGAAAUUCGAUGACAAUGAUAAGUCUCACGACGACAAAGAGAAGGCUAACUCACCAUUUGAUACAAAUGGUCUGAAGAAGGAUGAUCAAGUGACCACAACGAAUGGCGUUGUCAAUGGCAUUGACGAUGACAAAGGAUUCAAUCGUACACCCGGCUCACGCCAACCCUCACCAGCCGAAGAGACCCUACCACGUCAACCAACUCUACUCGAUCCCUCACAACAUCCAGCAUUUCCACCACAUGCUUUCAAUCACAUGUUGGGCGCCGCCGGCAUGGAUCAUCCCGGCAAUUCUUCCGGAAAUUCCGCAGUCGGUGGUCCCGGUGGCCAGGGUCAACAGAUGAAUUCGUCGUUUCCCCAUCAUCAAAUGCCGCAAAUGAAUCAGCUACAGCCACCGGUUAUGAACGGUGUGGGUGGUAUGCAGAUGGCACAGAGUCCCAUGAUGAAUCAUCAAGGUCAACAAGGUCCCAAUCAAAUGGAAUCACCCGGAAAUCUAUUGCAGCAACAGCCUCCUAAUUUUGAUGUACAGGUAUGAAAAUAUUUAAAAACAAAUAUUUAUUGUUCAAAUAGCCGGUAAGUUAUUCUAGACAUCUAAAGGCUCGUAGGACCUACAUGCCAUCACUCAAACUCCAUGAAGUUUAUGCGAAAUUUAUGAGCUCGUAGAAACUCCACAUACUCUAUGACAUCCUGUAAAUUGGUGAAGUUUCUCUGAACUAAAUGAGUUGCUAUGAACUUUGUUUGUUCCUG